CAGUAAAAAACAGUGUAGAAGAUUACGCCCGUUGAAGCUACAGCAAGCAAGAACAACCCCCAUUUCCCCAACAGCUAGGGUUUCUGCUCAUCUCUUCCCCAAUUUUAGAUUCAAAUUCCCCCAAUUUUCUGAUUCCACCCUACAAAAUCAGCUAUCACCACCUCAUACCUUCUUUGCUCUGUGAGAUUCCCCGCCCCGGCACACCAGCUGUGUCUGUAUCGCAAGAGCUGAGCUGAACUGAAAUUAGCAGUGAUGGCGAAAACCAAACCUGGGAAGAAGGAUCUUGAUUCCUACUCCAUCAAAGGCACCAACAAGAUCGUCAGACCUGGGGAUUGUGUACUAAUGAGACCGGCAGACACGGAUAAACCGCCAUACGUGGCAAGAGUUGAGAAGAUAGAGGCUGACCACCGUAACAAUGUGAAGGUGCGGGUACGGUGGUACUACCGCCCUGAGGAAUCUGUGGGUGGUCGGAGACAGUUUCAUGGGGCAAAGGAACUAUUUCUGUCAGAUCACUACGAUAUGCAGAGUGCACACACCAUUGAAGGGAAAUGCAUCGUGCAUUCUUUCAAGAACUACACUAAGCUAGAGAAUGUGGGCCAAGAGGAUUACUUCUCUAGGUUUGAGUACAAAGCUGCUACCGGAGCAUUCACUCCUGAUCGUGUUGCUGUGUAUUGCAAGUGUGAGAUGCCCUAUAACCCUGAUGACCUCAUGGUACAAUGUGAAGCAUGCAAGGAUUGGUUUCACCCCUCGUGUAUGGGUAUGAGCAUCGAUGAAACCAAAAAAUUAGAGCAUUUCUUGUGUUCGGACUGUUCAGCUAAUGACGAGGCUAAGCGGCCCUUGAACUCAUUUCAUGUACGUCCAACUGCUGAGUCGAAGGUUAGUGUGACAUCCUUCUAUUUGGUUAUCAUCUGCUCUGGAAGUGCAAUAGUUUAUGGUCUAACACUAAAUGAUUGAUGCAAAUCUAUUAUCGAGUCGAUAGAAAAUUUUCAAGUAUACAUUUGUUGUCUACACAUUACAUCUCCCUCAACGAACUCUUAAAAUCUUUCAUUCACCGUCUACCAUUUGAACACGUUGAGAUGCAUGGGAAGGAUAUUGGUUAUCCAAAUGUCAAGCUUUAAUGAAAUUUGUUAUCGGAUCAAACUCUUUGAUCUCUGCCUUUAUAAAUGGAUCUAAGGUUUGCCCUUUUCUGGCUCACAAUGAUUCAAUUACUCCGUAUAAUAGCAUAUGAUUAUUUUUUUUCCAUCGAUUCUUUAGAGACAAAUCAAGAAACUUGUUCGUAAUCCCGUCCAUUGCAGGUGGAGACUAAACGGAGAAAGAGAUGAGUAAAGUAGAGGGGCGCGAUACAGAAUGCAGAAUUGUGAAAGAUCAGAUUUGUUGCAUAUAAAGCUGGAAGGAGUGCCCUAUUGUUGUGUUUGUUGAACUGAACACCUGUACAGUGGUGAGGAGAAGAACAAGAUUGUGGGGUGGUGGGCUUUUCCAGCAAAGCCAAAGGCUUUUUCUUACUUUAGUUACUGUGGGCUAACUUGGUUAUUUUGUGGAGUAAAACAAAUAUUGCUUGUGUGCCCUAUUAUGGGAUUUACCAGUACUGUCACUGUUUGUGCUCUCCAUCUGAGUUGAACCCCAAUGCACUGAGAAAAGUAAUAACAAUGAGGAUUAAACAGGAAACAUGUUG